UUGUGGCACUGUGUUUUCAGGCGAAUCCGGUCGUUAAGCGAUGCUCUGGGUUAUACCAAAAUCGAGGAACAAAGCUUGCCAGUGGAAUUGGAUCCUGAUCUCGAAUAUCCGGGCUGGGAACAAUAUCGAGAAAAUGCAGAGACUCAAUACCGCAGUGCCUUCUUCGAUGAAUUUGGUGGUUUCAUGAGAAAUACGGUGCCGGAUCUUGAAAACUGUGACGGUCUGCAGGAUCGAAGGAUUUGUCUCUCGCCUUCAUUUGAAAUGCGAAGAAAGGCGUCUGCCUAUUAUAUUGUCGCUUAUCGGAGUGAAUCAACAUAUGUACCACAACGAGUUUUAUCAUUUGGAUGGCUGGCUUGGGAUGUUUUGCGCAAAGUGAAAAGUGAGAUGAGAUUCACCAACGACAGGCCAAUUGUGUGCACCAUUCAUCCUUUCGGCCCGACAGGUUUGGGAAAUCUCUUCUAUAUCCUGAUAAAGUGGGCCAGUUUCCAUGGUUUGCUGAAUGAACGACUGAAUGCGACGCAUAUUUGCUUGCUGUUUGUGCAGUUCGGUCUUGGACAUCUUAAAAAUGACGAAUGCGCAAUGCCGGACAACUUUCUGGAACAGACGAACGAAAUAAGCCCGGCGAACCCCACAGAAGUUCAUGAUUUAAAUAGCCAGCUGGGUGGAAUUGGUUCAUGUCUGCUCAGAUUCUUCAAAUGUCUCAGUUCUCGCACUUUUCAAAUGCGCGAUUCGCUGGACUUCCGCAAUGUCGGAUAUUGUUCUUUAUUAGCCAAGGGACAGUGGAUGGAGCUGCAGAAGGUACGAAAUUUUAACACCCUAAUUCUGUAUUUUCUAAUGACAGUAAUCUGUGCUUCCUAA